AGGUGAACUCAACUCAAGCCAUGGCUAUGUCAAGUAAAUGAAAACCCCAAUUGGAAAUGGAUUUGAUCUUAUCAUCCAAGCAGAUUCAGUAUCUCUUCGGUACCGAGAAAACAAUUUCGAGCACCACCCAGUUUAAAAUUUCCCCGAAUUAUCCUAUACCGUCCGCAGUGAGAUCUCAUCCUCGGCAUUCGACAUUGACCCAGCAAGUGUUCGACGAAAUCCCUCUCUCAGAUACCUUUGCUUGGAAUAAUCUUAUCCACACCCAUCUUGGCAAUGGCGAAUUUAACCACGUCGUGUCCACUUAUCGCCAAAUGCUACUCCGGGGUGUUCGACCAGACAGACACACCAUACCUCGCGUUUUGACGGCUUCUCGCCGUUUGGGCAGCUUAUUCUUCGGCAAACAGCUCCACGGGCAGGCUCUCAAACUCGGCUUCUAUUCUGAUCACUAUGUGACCACUGCUCUAAUUGAAUUGUAUGGGCGCCUCGAUGGUGCUGAUGCCGCAAAAUGGCUGUUUGAUAAUUCCCCUCAGAAGAACUCGGUUUCUUGGACUUUGUUGGCUGCAUUUUACGUUAAUGAGGAUAAACCCAGGUUGGCCAUUGAUUUGUUUAAUCAGAUGGUGGCUUCUGGCGCUGAGAUAGAUCCCGUGGCAUUGGCCACUGCCAUUGGUGCCUGCUGCCAGUUAAAAUCGCUGCGAGAAGGAAGGAAUGUUCAUCAGACUGUUAAGAGAUGCGGUCUAGAGUUUGAUAUGUUGGUGAGCAAUUCCCUCUUGAAAAUGUAUCUUGAUUGUGGUAGCGUUAGCGAAGCUCGGACAGUUUUCGAUCAGAUGCCAUCAAAAGAUUCCAUUUCAUGGACUGCAAUGCUUCGUGGGUACGUGAAGAAAGGAGGCUUCAAUGAGGGUCUGAAAUUGUUCCGACAGAUGAAUGUAGACGAUAUUAAACCUGAUGCUAUUGCAAUCUCUAGCAUCCUCCCGGCUUGUGCAAGAAUUGCAGCCCAUAAGAACGGCAAAGAAAUUCAUGGAUACUUGCUUAGAAAUGGAAUUGACAUGAACCUCGCUCUGCAUAAUGCUCUUAUGGAUAUGUAUGUAAAAUCAGGAUAUGUCGAAUAUGCUUCACAGAUAUUUACAGGGAUGAAGCAAAAAGAUGUUAUUUCGUGGACUGUGAUGAUUUGGGGCUAUAGUCUACACGGACAAGGAGAGCUUGGAGUUGAGUUGUUCCAUCACAUGGUGAAAAACUCGGCCACACAAAUUGAUCAGCUGACAUAUGUUGCAGUCCUUUUUGCUUGUUGCACGGCUCGCAUGGUUGAUGAAGGUAGAUUCUAUUUUAACUGCAUAAGGUCUCCCAAGGUGACACAUUGUGCCUUAAUGGUUUCUCUUCUAGCUCGUGCUGGACUGUUUGAUGAUGCAAGAGACUUUGUUGAGGAACGACAGCUUGCACAGCAUUCAGAGAUACUGAGAGCAUUGUUAGAUGGGUGCAGGAUCCACCAAAAUGUAAAUGCAGGAAAGCGAGUUACUGAGCAGCUAUGUAAUUUGGAGCCUCUUAAUCCAGAGAAUUAUGUGUUGUUAUUGAACUGGUAUGCACAGAGUGAAAAAUGGGACAUGAUGAAUAAAUUGAGGGAGACCAUCAGGGACAUGGGAUUGAGACCAAAGAAAGCUUAUAGCUGGAUUGAAUUCAGGAAUAAAGUUCACGUGUUUGGGACAGGCGAUGUAUUUCACCCAAGAUCUGGGAGAAUAUAUAGGGAAUUACAAUGUCUGAUGAAGAAGGUGGAAGAAGUAGGUAAAAUAACUGAGUCAGAUUUUAGUCUCCACGAUGUAGAUGAGGAGCGAGAGUGCAUUCCAAUUGGGCACAGCGAAAUGUUAGCCAUCUCGUUUGGGCUGAUCAGUAUACAAGCAGGGGCAACAAUACGCGUGACAAAAAACCUACGUGUUUGUCGCUACUGCCAUGAUGCUGCAAAGGUCAUCUCCAAAGUAGUGGGGCGUGAGAUCAUAUUGAAGGAUCCAAGUUGUUUCCACCAUUUCAAGGACGGAUCUUGCUCUUGUGGAGACUUUUAAAAAAGGUAAUACUGUAGGCCUGAUCUAGAUCUAAUGUAUUGCAGUCAUUGGAUAAGUUGUGAUUAGAUUAGUUGUAUUUUUCUUUUGAAAAUUGGUUCACUGGGGCUUUGAUAUUUUGGUCACUUGGAAUCCUGAAACUGCAGAGGCCUUAAAAUUUGCAGUGGAGAUCAAAAUCUUCUAAAUGAUAGUUUCCCAGUUCCACUUCCACAAUGUAUCAGCAGGCACAACAAGUAUCGCAGUUGUACUUUACUGCUUGAAGAGGAAACAGUAUGUACGAAGGUUCAAUUGAAAUGCAUUGUGUUGCCUACAGGUGUAAAUAGAGUUUAAGAGUUGAAGGGGAA